AUGGCUUUUGCAGGGUGGAAUAGCCUCCUUCCCCUAUCUGUGUGUCUACUGCUGACCUGUGGCUUUGCCAAGGCAGGGAAGCUGCUGGUAGUGCCCAUGGAUGGGAGCCACUGGUUCACCAUGCGGUCAGUGGUGGAGAAACUCAUUCUCAGGGGGCAUGAGGUGGUCGUAGAUGCCAGAGGUGAGUUGGCAACUGAGAAGAUCACUGAAUUGCACAGUGAAGACUUAGUCUACCUUGCACACCUCGAGGAUCUGGACCGGGAGUUCAUGGCUUUUGCCAAUGCUCAAUGGGAAGCAGAAGUACGAAGCUUAUUUUCUCUAUUAAUGAGUUCAUCUAAAUGUUUGGAAUUUAGUUUUUCACAUUACAGGAGUUUGUUUAAUGACCAAAAAUUAGUAGAAUACUUAAAGGAGAGUUCUUUUGAUGCGGUGUUUCUGGAUCCUUUUGAUCUGUGUGGCUUAAUUGUUGCCAAAUAUUUCUCCCUCCCCUCUGUGGUCUUCACCAGAGGAAUAUUUUGUCAUUAUCUUGAAGAAGGUACACAGUGCCCUGCUUCUCUUUCCUACAGCCCUAGAUAUGUCUCAGGGUUUUCAUAUGCCAUGACUUUUAAGGAGAGAGUAUGGAACCACAUCUUCUACUUAGGGGAACAUUUAUUUUGCCCGCAUUUUUUCAAAAAUGCCUUAAAAAUAGCCUCUGAAAUUCUCCAAACACCUGUCACGGAAUAUGAUCUCUACAGCCACACAUCAAUUUGGUUGUUGCGAACGGACUUUGUUUUGGACCAUCCCAAACCCGUGAUGCCCAACAUGGUCUUCAUUGGUGGUAUCAACUGCCAUCAGGGAAAGCCAGUGCCUAAGAACUAUGCCCUGAGGUUUGCUGCAGAAUCCCUCACUAAAUGUUCCUCAGAGGGUAACCUGACAAGCACCGCUGAGCUCACCUGUGAAGGUGUUGUGAAAACCUGCAAGAUAUUAUUCGGCCCAAUACAACAAGUAUUCCCAUGGACUUCCUCUGUGCGAGGCAUAGUAUGGGUGCUGUGGAAGGAGGAUGAAAACACAAGACAUAACCUCAACAUCAAGUACUACUUAGGAGACUGGGGCAGACCAAUACAUAUAUUCCUGAGGGAGGCACCAGGCCAGUGGAAUAAGCCCACAGCAGCCUGCAGCUCUGUUCAGAACAUGAAAGCAGAACAGGCAGAGAGAGGCAACUCAGCAGAGUACUCGGGCAAGCAUAGGGCCGGUGACUCCCCACUGCAGGCAACGUUAUCUGAGGAAAGCCGUUUACAAUAG